ACAGGCAAGAGAUCACCGUACUUCAAAAUAAAGAAAUGAAUCUCAAAAAAGCGGCUGCUAAAGGCAGCAAAGCCGAACAGAAAGCCAAGAAGAAACAGGUUGAAGAUGAGAUAUCUCGGUUGUUAUCACAACUAAAAGCAAAGCACUCUGAGGAACUUGCUUCUUUAGGCUACAGAAAGAGUGGCAACUCCGAGAAGGCCAAUCUAGAGUGUUUGGUAAAAGCUGUUGCUGGUAUUUCGGUCACUAAUCAUAGUGAGUCCACAAAACCUAGCAAGGGAGCAAGGAGGCGUGGAAGAAGAGCUCAAGAGGAAGCAGCUAGAGAGCAAAGGAUACAGGAAGAACAGAGAAACAGCAUUAGUGAUUGUAUGACUGAAAAUGAGAGUUUGGAGAGAAAGCUUGGGCCUCUUGGUUUUACAAUCAAUGAGAUCAAACCAGAUGGUCAUUGUUUAUAUCGAGCUGUCGAAGACCAAUUGUCGCUUCACUCCAGAAAUAUCUCUCCAUAUAGCUACCAAGAUCUCCGGGAAAUGGCUGCUAAUUAUAUGAGAGAACAUGCAUCAGACUUCCUCCCAUUUUUCUUAUCCGAUGGUAAGAUUGAGGUCGAUUCAGAUAUCUCACCUGUGGAAAGAUUUGAGAAGUAUUGUGAAGAGGUUCAGACCACAGCAGCUUGGGGAGGACAACUUGAGCUCGAUGCCCUCACACAUUGCCUCAAGAAACAUAUCGUGAUAUAUUCAGGAUCUUUUCCCGAUGUGGAAAUGGGCAAGGAAUAUAAAUCUGAGAAUGAUAAUCUCCGCAACUCGAGCAUUUUAUUAUCAUACCACAGACAUGCUUAUGGGCUUGGUGAGCACUACAAUUCAGUGGUUCCCAAUGGAAAGAGGUAAUGGUGGCUUCCUUUUAUAUAUAUAUAUAUAUAUAUGUUAUCAAUUACUACUUGUCAAGUUGUACAAUGACCCUUUUGGGGUUUUAUUUUGGAAUCACAUUGUUGGUUUCUUUCAA